GCCCUUCGGAGGGUUCGUUCGAUCCUACCCCUACAGGUAAUGCCUGAACCCAUUAAUUAGUUGACACGUGUUUCUUUUUUUUUUUCUUUUUAAAACCCUUAAUUAAACUCAAACCGAACCAUGGUUGAGUUUUUUCGGAUGGUAAUUACCUGGGAAGUUGGACCGUCGAGCUCUCGGCAGCCAUAUUUUACAGUAAGAAAGGGGUUCUCCUUCCAGCUCUUCACCGACGAACGGCCUGUUCUCUCACCACAGACCUUCCAGCUCUUCACCGACGAACGCAACUCUCCGAAAAAUGACUUAGUUCCGCCGCCGCUACCGUUCGAGCUCUCGGCAGCCAUUUUUUACGCUUCAACCCGCUGCUGCCAGAUUCUAGUGGUUUUGAGAUUUCGAACAAUUUUCACAUCGAAGAUAACAUUCACGGUGAAAAAUGAAUGAUAAUAAUUCAUUGUCACUUGAAGAGCUGGAGGGGGACUACCGUCAAGAAGUUCCGUCGCCGCUGCCGUUCAAGAUUCUCGACAACCAUUUUUUAACUGGGUCAUUUGAAAGAAAUACACCUCAUGGUUUUUGGCCGAUCAUUUUUUUUGGCAUUCCCGGCGGUCAAUUUUCAUAGCUAUUGUAGAUCUAAACCUUAAGAUUCAUGUUUUGCUUGUGUAAAUAUUUGAUAAAAAUGUUACUUAUAUUAUGUCAUCACUACGUUAAUCUCUUUGGUGUUCUUGUAAGUUUUUUUUAUCCA